AUGUCCUGGUUGAAAAUAUGGCAACCCAUUAAAAUUAACAGAAGUGACAGACCAAUACUUGAAGAGGGAGAGUUUAACGUUUAUAUCAAGGAUGACGUUGGGUUGUACCAGGGAAAGCAGAAGAUAAUACUUCAUCAAAAUGGAAGAGUGUAUUUGACAAACAAAAGGAUUAUCUACUAUGAUAACAACGAUACUAAGAGAAGCAUUGCUAUUCGGAUUGACCAGCUUACUUCAGCUGAAUUGAUAGAACGGUUUCUACGAUCUUCGCCAAAGGUUAAGUUAUAUAUCAAAGUUGAGAGUUUGAAAAAUGAUGGCAAGUCAAAGACACAAACCAUCAAUGGGUUUGACUGGAUUUGCAAGAUUUGCUCUUUUCAAAACCACGUCCCUGCUGGAGUGGGUGCCGACAUGGAACCACCUAAAUGUAUAGCGUGUGGCGUCACCAAUAAGAAUUUCAGGCAAGAUAUGUUGAACAAGUCUAGUGGAUAUAUUUCCAAUAGUAUGUCAUUGACACCAACACCUUCAAGUCCGGCAAAUGGUUUGAUUGAAGGUACUCCAUCACCUGCAAAUCUGACACCAGAACCCGUCUCUUUCACAGUACUCACUGGCCAAUGCCCGACAUGUACAUUUAUCAAUCACAAAUCGAUAAAAUUUUGCGAAAUGUGUGGUACUGAAUUGGGGAGAUCCACUACUGAAAUGAACAGGGAUUUAGAUGAUAUCUCAACCGAAGCGAACCCCCUUGACUUGAAGCUUGAAGGGGAUGAGCAAUAUACCAACAACCGACCAUAUAUCAAAAUCAGUUUCCAUAAAGGCGGCGAAGCUCAAUUUUUUCAAGAAGUUGCGACCUUGAUAGAUGAAGUCAAGUGGGAGAAUUUGAGAAUGAAAGGAGGUAUCAAUCAAAAUGCUAAAAAAUUAGAAGCAAGGAAAGAGCAGUCAAUGAGACCAAAUGGAGCAGGGAUUCAUGCUUUGGAAGCUUUUGGUGAACAACAGAGGAAAAACAAUGAAAAAAUACUUGGUUCGUCAUUGGAUGAUUUGGAGCAAUUGAUGUUUAAAUUUGAAGACUUGAUCAAACUUUCAUCCUCGUUUAAGAGGUUGUUAGUGAGCAAGGAUGAUAAAACCAUUUACAAGAAUAUUCCACCGUUGACCAUUAGUCGCACAUCAAAAUUGUACCAUAGUGAACUCAGUCGACAUAUGAGUGAAUACUUGACCAGUUUUGUGCUAACCAAAAAGUCUUCGAUGAUCACUUUGCCGGAUUUGUUUGCUGAAUACAAUCGGUUUCUAGUAAAAUGUUCUGGGUUUGGCACUGAAUUGGUUGACAUUGUUGAUUUUAGAAAACUGAUUGAUUUGUUUGACACAUUGAAUUUACCAGUGGUCCUGAACAAAUACGAAAAAAGUGAACUUGUUGUCAUUCGACCUAGAGUCCACGCCAACUCAUAUAGUGAGUUUAUUGUUGAGUUUUUGAGUCAACAAGAGCAUAAGUAUAAGAGAAGCUUUAUAAGGGCGAAGAUGGUUGAUGACGGUGAUAAUGACGGUCUUGAUCACGAAAAUGGUUGCUAUGGGGCUACUGUAUCUGAGAUAUCCCAUGCAUUGAAUUGGUCCUAUAAUGUGACCAUGGAGGAAUUAGAUAAAUCUAUUGAUUCAGGUCUAGUCGUCCUAGACCAAAGUAUAUCGGGUACUUUUUAUUAUGUUAACAAAUUCACAUCCAGUUUCAAAUGGGACGACUUAGCAGAGAUCCAAAAGAUCAAGGAAGAAAUCAUCGAAGAACAAAAGGAGAUAACAACAAGACUAAAGAAUGAAUACGAAAGUUCGCGAGUUGACAAUUUGUUAAGUCUCAAUGCUGAUUAUGAGUUUGGCAUUGUACCAGAACAAUCGAAUCGUGCUGAGAAUCCACCGACGACGCCCCUGCCUUUUAGUGAUUCGCUAAACGGGUUGGAAGGGUUAAAAUUUUAG